GCGAGCGCGGCGCGUGAUCUCCAUGGAGACGUGGUCACGCGGGAGGAAGUGAACGGCUCUCUCUGACGGUGAGCUUGCUGAGCAUGGCAGCAAAGGCAGUUUUGCCGAGGAGGGCCGACCCCGCCGACCUGAAAGUCAUUUUUGAAAAGUACGCCAGCGUCAACAAGAAUGGCGAGCAGUUCAUGUCACCGCAGGACUUCGUCGACCGUUUCCUCCACGCCUACACCGACAUCCGGCUGUCAGACGAGGCCACGAAGCUGCUGGCCGGAGUGGUUGACCAGAAGAAAGAUGGCUUGAUCUCCUUCCAGGAAUUCGUAGCGUUCGAGUCGGUGCUUUGCGCCCCAGACUCCCUCUUCAUGGUCGCCUUCCUGCUGUUCGAUAAAGCAGGAAUCGGAGUGACCACUUUUGAGGAUGUGAAGCAGGUCUUCAGCCAGACCACCAUCCUCCAGCACAUCCCCUUCAACUGGGACUGCGAGUUCAUUCAGCUGCACUUUGGCGCCCAGAAGGACAAGCAGCUCAGCUACGGCGAGUUCACCCAGUUUCUCCUGGAGAUGCAGCUGGAGCACGCGCGACAGGCUUUCAUCCAGAGGGACCAAGCCCACAGCGGCUCCAUCUCAGCGCUGGACUUCAGGGACAUCAUGGUUACCAUCCGGCCGCACAUGCUCACACCCUUCGUAGAGGAAUGCCUCGUGGCGGUUGUAGGGGCGUCCCAUCACGUCAGCUUCUCCUACUUCAACGGCUUCAACUCGCUGCUCAACAACAUGGAGCUGAUUAGGAAGAUCUACAGCACCCUGGCUGGCCACCGUCGAGAUGUGGAAGUCACCAAAGAGGAGUUCAUUAUUGCAGCUCAGAGGUUUGGCCAGGUGACCCCGAUGGAGGUCGACAUCCUCUAUCAGCUGGCUGAUCUGUCAGAGCCUCGUGGACGUGUUGGUUUAGUGGACAUCGAGAAGAUUGCUCCGCUGGAGGAAGGCGCCCUGCCCUACAACUUGGCCGAGGUCCAGAGACAGCAGCAGUUGGGCAGCGACGGCUCCCGCCCGAUCCUCGUCCAGGUGGCCGAGUCGGUCUACAGAUUCACUCUUGGCUCAGUAGCAGGGGCUGUCGGUGCCACCGCUGUGUACCCGAUUGAUCUGGUGAAGACCCGCAUGCAGAACCAGAGGAGCAGCGGCUCUCUGGUGGGAGAGCUCAUGUACAAGAGCAGCUUCGACUGCUUCAAGAAGGUGGUGCGCUACGAGGGCUUCUUCGGCCUUUACCGAGGUCUGGUACCACAGCUACUGGGUGUGGCGCCCGAGAAAGCCAUAAAGCUCACAGUGAACGACUUUGUGCGAGGAAAGACCAGACAGAGAGAUGGUACAGUCCCUCUGCCUGCUGAGAUCCUGGCCGGUGGAUGUGCGGGGGGAUCCCAGGUGAUCUUCACCAACCCUCUGGAGAUUGUAAAGAUCCGUCUUCAGGUAGCAGGAGAGAUCACCACGGGGCCGAGGGUCAGCGCUCUGUCCGUCAUCAGGGACCUGGGCUUCUUCGGACUUUACAAGGGUUCCAAGGCUUGUUUUCUGCGGGACAUCCCCUUCUCGGCUAUCUACUUCCCCUGCUACGCCCACACCAAGGCUUACCUCACCGAGGAGAACGGAACGAUAGGCCCGGCCAAGAUGCUGUUCGCUGGGGCUCUGGCAGGCAUGCCGGCGGCCUCUCUGGUGACCCCGGCAGACGUGAUCAAGACCAGGCUACAGGUGGCGGCGCGCGCGGGCCAGACCACCUACAACGGCCUGGUGGACUGCUUCUGGAAGAUUCUCAGGGAAGAGGGGCCCCGCGCUUUCUGGAAAGGAGCAGGAGCUCGAGUGUUUCGGUCCUCUCCUCAGUUUGGAGUGACGCUGGUGACCUACGAACUCCUGCAGCGCUGGUUCUACAUCGACUUCGGAGGACAAAAGCCGGCUGGCUCGGAGCCCACCCCCAAGUCUCGGAUCAGCCUGCCGGCGCCCAACCCCGACCACAUCGGAGGCUUCAGGUUGGCCGUGGCCACAUUCGCUGGCAUCGAGAGCAAGUUUGGACUCCACCUCCCGCGCUACACGGUGCCGGCGGCCCCCUCCAAAGCAAGCGCCCCCUGAACCUCCACAUGUUUGGUGGGGGGGCGGUAAGUUAGGGCUUAAGUGGUUUUCAUGCACACAAGCACUUAGAGACAUCAAGUAGUCCAUUUUAGUUUGAUGGGAUUUUAAUUUAUUUAUUUAAAUCUUCUCUUAUUUAUGUUUAUUAUUUAUGGAUUAAUGAGACGAUUAGUUUAUUAUCAUUACUGCAUUAUGUUAGAUUUACAAUUACAGUAUAUGCAGAAAGGUUUGCAGAGAUGUACGGUUUGCUUUUUUUUCUGAACAAUAUCAGUGAAUACUUAACAGUUGCAGCUUCUUCCAGUGUCUUCGAUUUGUUGCACAUCAUUCAAAUAAUCUUAUAGCUGGACGAAAGAACCAAACUGUAGCACUUCUGUAUAUAUGGAAAAUCUGCAGACAUCUUUUCGUAUGUACUUCCUGUCUGUUUCAGUCCUCCUUUAAUCAAGAUGAAAUGAAAUGUAGCUACAAGACCAAAAAGCACUUGAAUGUAAAGACGCAGUGUAGCGCCGAUGUUGGGUUUCAGGUCUAAAUGUGUGCAGAUGUGACGGAGACAGCUGUGGAGUGUACAGCAGAGUAUGUAGGAGUUAACAUGUGGUGUAAUAAUCGUGCCUUACCGUACGUAUGGCAGCAGCAUGUGUACCGAGAGUAAAGAGAAAACGAUGUGAGUAAA